AUGUUGUUGCCAAGCACCACAGAGGAAAGCUGCUCAGGAACGUCCUUCAUGGAGGAAUUUGAAGCUAAGAUUUCCUUAUCUGAAGAGAUUCUACUUAUUUUCAUCGCCAUAUUGGCAGUUCUUGGAAAUACCGUGGUAUUGGUUUUGACCUGGAUGGAAAGAAGUCUUCAUCAACCAAGCAAAUAUUUCAUCGCCUCUCUGGCUGUCGCUGAUAUUUUGGUUGGCAUAUUUGUCGCACCGCUGAAUUACUAUUCUCUUCUUCUUUUUAAGCAACCAGAACCAGUCGACAUGCCUGUUCAUCUUUGUCGUUUUGCAGUGUGGAUAGACACCUUUGCAUUAACAACAUCUAUUUACACCCUGACGGCCAUAAGUUUCGACCGAUAUCUCAAAAUCAGCAAGCCAUUUCAGUACAAAAUACAAAUGACAACGUCCAAAACAUUUAGGUUAAUUUUCAUCAUUUAUUUCAUCUCAGCCGUUAUUGCCACUUUCGGUGCUACACCAUACUCAGGAAGCCAAGGGCUUUUGGAAACCAGCAGCGGUGGUUGUCCGGAGAAGGAAGACGAUGAAGGAAAGGUUUUCGAAACCUUUUUGUCGAUAACCGCGUUUAUUUUACCAGCUACAAUAAUUCUGGUUAUGUAUGUAUUUAUAUUUCUUGUCACCCAUAGGCGAAACAAAAUGCUCUUGAAUGGCGAAUUUGGUCAAACAUUGAACAGCCAAAGUAAACGGACAGCUUUACGUCAGGAUUUGAAAGCUAUAAAAACGUUGUUUGUUGUUGUAGGUGUUUUUAUAAUUUGUUGGGCCCCUUGGAUUGUUUGGAUAUUUUUGUGGUAUUAUUCUCCAGAUUUUAUCAAUUGGGAGAGCGAUUCGGAAAGCUAUUGGUACCGAGUCGACAUCCUUUCUCUUGUAGUCAGAACACUGCCACUGUUUAACAGUUUAUGCAAUCCAAUUAUUUAUGCUUGUUUGGACCAAAAAUACACAGAAGCUUUCAAACGUUUGGUUAAGAAAAUCACACGUCGGUCAAAGUGA